AUGGCAGCGGCGGCGGCGCUGGUCGGGCUGGCGCUACUGGCGGGGCUCUACCUGUGGUACUACUACAACUUCGUGCGCGGCCCCAAGUGCCCCAACGAGAGGAGCCUGCGCGGCAAGACGGUGGUGCUCACGGGGGGAAACUCGGGAAUUGGAAAAGCGACAGCGCUGGAGUUGGCCCGGAGAGGAGCUCGUGUUAUUCUGGCGUGCCGCAACAAAGAACAAGCAGAAUCAGCUGUCUAUGACAUCCGGAGGGAAAGCGGAAACAAUGAGGUUCUCUUCAUGAGUUUGGAUCUGGCCAACCUGAAUUCAGUGCGAUCAUUUGCAGAUGCAUUCUUGAGAUCCGAGCCGCGCCUCGACAUUCUGAUCAACAAUGCAGGUGUUUUGUAUGGGGGCAAAAGCGGCGAAGGCUUCAAUUUGGCUUUCCAAGUUAACUACCUGAGUCACUUCCUGCUGACUCACCUCCUCUUGGAUCGGCUGAAGCAUUGUGCCCCUACCCGUGUGGUGGUGCUGGGGUCUAUAGUAUAUAUCAUGGGAAGAAUCGACCUCCAGAACAUUCAAAAGCCAGUAGAUGGGGUGCUGAAAUCUUUCCAGGCCUACUGCAACAGCAAAUUGGCCAAUGUCCUGUAUACUCGAGAGCUGGCUAAGAGACUGGAAGGGACCAGCGUUACCUGCUAUGCAGUUCACCCAGGGUUUGUUAAGACAAACGUCAUUCGCCAAUUUCCCAUGUGGAUGAGGCUGGUAACGGACAAUAUCGGUUGGCUCGUCUUACGCGAUCCUAUGACUGCAGCUCAGACUUCUAUCUAUUGCGCCACUCAGAAGGGGAUCGAGAGGUUUAGUGGCCACUAUUUUGCCGACUGCAAGCUACGACAACCCUUUCCGAAAGCCUGUGAUGAUGCCCUUGCCAAGAAGCUUUGGGAGUUCACCGAGAGAAUGUUGGGACUCACGGAGUAAACUUGUUUGUGCUUGGAAGGUGUCUCUAGAAUAGGAUCAGAGUGACUGGGCAGGUGGAGGUUUAUGAUAUGUGUGUAACAGCAAUAAGGGGUUGUAAAAGAGAAAAAGGCAUUGGACUAACAGAGACACAAUAUUCAGGUUCUUUUGGAGUUGGACCUGAAGUCCUGACAGUUCCCUCUUGGCACAUGCUUUUUUCUGGGGGUCCCUCUACUAUUUUCCCUGCUUUAUCGGUUACGAGGCCUUGGAAUUCUGUGGAAUGUCAAGCUGGCAAGAAAAGCAAUGAACAUAUUUUAUAAUAAAAUGUACUGGGGAGAAUUCGCUCUUUUUUCCUGCUU